UGAUCGGGAUCGAUAUCCUAUUCUAUACUGCACGGCAAAGAAGAAGGAUGACCACGAUUCGUCCGUUUGUUUGUGAAGACUUAUUCAGAUUUAACAAUGUGAAUUUGGAUCCAUUAACAGAAACUUAUGGUCUGCCAUUUUACAUGCAGUACUUGGCCAGAUGGCCUGAGUAUUUUCAGACUUGUGAAUCAGCUGGAGGGAAAAUUAUGGGAUACAUCAUGGGAAAAGCAGAAGGAGGGGGAGAGAAGUGGCAUGGUCAUGUGACAGCACUGACAGUGGCACCAGAGUUCCGUCGCCUGGGUUUGGCCAAGACUUUAAUGAAUAAUCUGGAACAGAUAUCAGAACAAAAAAAGUGUUUUUUCGUGGACCUGUUUGUGAGAGUGUCAAAUAAAGUAGCAGUUAACAUGUAUAGGAAGCUUGGCUAUGAUGUUUAUCGUACAGUGCUGGAAUACUACUCGGGUGAUGUAGAUGAAGAUGCAUAUGACAUGAGGAAGGCCCUAUCCAGAGAUAAAGAGAAGAAGAGUAUGAUCCCGCUGAAGAGACCAGUCAGACCAGACGAGCUGGAUUGACCAUGAGCCAGGUGGAUUACCAAGGAGACACAUUGCUAUGGAUACUGUUAGGGACAGCCGUUUUUGUUCUGGUUUCAGUUUUAUACAUUUUAAUCCGAGAACUUGGAAACCAGUUUUCAACCACUUUACCACCCCACCAAGAUCUGUAAGAUAAUUGUAUGUUUUUAAGGUGCAUCAGAUUCUUUGUGAUAUCUAUAGUGUUUGAUCAGCGUGUUAGACACGAUAUUGCUCUCAGAAUCAGGAUAAUUUUUGUGAUUGUAUACAGGAGCUGUUUAUUAUGGCUUCUGUGGUUUUGGUGGUAACAUGAUUGAUGAGUCUGUCUGUCUACUAAAAUCGACCACCUGUACUCUGUCAGAACCAACAGGCCAACAAGAAAUCCACUUAACCUCUACAUUCACAAAAAAACAUGGCAACUUGUUUCUUCUUAUGUUUGUUUUCACUAGCAUCUGAAUAGUCUACCUAAAAUGGUGAAACAUGAAGAAAUAUUACCAGAGUUCUAGGAUAGAAAUGGCAGACCCUAAUGGUAGUUCUUAUGUCAAAAUAAUUAUCAUGAAGUUAACUUAAUUUUUAAAAGGAAAAAAAAUCCAGUGAAUUUGUCAAAUUGUUUAUAUGUUUCAGGUAUAAUAUCUAUAGUUUAUAUGUCUCUAUGGUGACCCACCUGGUGUACUGUAGUCAAUUUGUAAAUAUAUUCUAUUAAAAUAGAAAUUGUACUAUACAUGUAUUUGUGUGACAUGAAGUAUGCAUGCAUUUUGAAAUGUUACAUCAUUUUUACUCUCUUUGUCCUGAUAGUAUAUUGUUAGAAGAAAAAAAAGAAUUAUUAAGACAGAAAGUAUAAAUGUAUGAGUAAUUUUUUUCUUAUUUAAAAUUAUCAUUAUCAUUUUCUUAAAGAUUUUUAGCACAUUCAUGGGGUAAAUUCUAGUUUGGUUUGAAUUCUAAAUGAAUGAAUUUAGGUGUCUCUUUUCAUGUACCAUUUAUUUACUUGUUAUAAAACAAAAAUGGUGUUAUGAUAUUCUACUCAUGUAUCACCGCAUUACAUAAUAUUCAUUAGACACCAAAAAAAAAAAUAGAUUGCAUCAAUCCUUAGUCAUAUUUUCAUUAUCCUCCGAUAAAAAAUCCAGCAGAAUACUUUUAUUCAUGAAAACAGUGGUGAAAUUGUCUGAUGUUUAAAUCUUUUUUUUUAUUGUUGGGGGGGGGGGGCAUAAAAGUGGAUGUACAUCUGUUUGUAAAAAGUUAUGUUUGAAUAAAUGGAGUGAAUAUAACUUUCCAAUGUAUUUUCAUUGACAAAACGAGAAGGGUAUGAAUAUUUUAUCUAAUCUCUUUAUUUUAUGUUUCUCUGUUAUAACAGGGGAAAGUUAACAAUUAACAGAUUAAGACCUAAUGUGAAAUAAAAAUCUGGAAAAAUUAACUAGUUUGAAUAGUAAACAUUAAAAGAAAUUGAAAGGUU